AGCCUUCCUGGUUUCUGUUCCAGAGCAAAGGGCACUCAGCCGCUUGAAUCGGCCUUUUUUUUUUUUUUUUCUUCCCCAACUUUGUUUACUUGAUAAGGAAGGUCAGCCUAGCAAAGUCAAAAGUGCUUCUUAUCUUCCCCUGCUUUCUACAAAUAGUUCUGUGAACCAGAACGGUUCCUGUGAAAGAUGACCGGGAAUUCAAUCCUGCUGGCUGCUGUCUCUGUUCUCUCUGCCUGUCAGCAAAGUUAUUUUGCUUUGCAUGUCGGAAAGGCAAGAUUAAAAUAUAAAGUAAAGCCCCCAGCAGUCACUGGGUCACCAGAGUUUGAGAGAAUAUUUCGAGCACAACAAAACUGUGUGGAGUUUUAUCCCAUAUUCCUGAUCACAUUGUGGAUGGCUGGAUGGUAUUUUAACCAAGUUUUUGCUACCUGUCUGGGUCUGGUGUACGUAUAUGCCCGUCACCGGUACUUCUGGGGAUAUUCAGAAGCUGCUAAUAAAAGGAUGACUGGUUUCCAGUUGAGUCUGGGGACUUUGGCCUUGUUGACUGUCCUAGGUGCCCUGGGAAUUGCAAACCACUUUCUGGAUGAAUAUCUAGACCUCAACAUUGCCAAGAAACUGAGGCGGAGCAUCUAACUUUUCUCUUCCCUUUACUUUAAUGCUUGCAGCAGCUCUUUACACCCUGAAGGUAAUAUGGUGUGUCAUUAGUUAAAUAAAUAAAUAAAUACAUAAAAGUCUUUAUUCUGUGUUUCUUG